UCGUCAGUAACGGCCACCUGGGGACGCGUGACCCUGCGUGUGACGCCGUCGCUGUUUUCGAUUGCGAGUGUACGGAGACGUUUCCAUUGACAGUCGCUUCUUCUCGGUGUGUGUGGUCAGUUUUCGCGGUCUCGGCGCUCGGGAAACAGGGGUAGAGAAACAUCUCGAGUGAAGCAUCCGCGAGAGAAAGCGACACUGGCAUCAUCGCCGUUAUUGCGCUGCUCACUUAGCUUAUGUACGUUAAUAUCGGGAUUAGUACGGGGAAGGUAACUGAAGGUAACUGGUAGCGCAUCCGAGGAAAACGUUUACUGGCGCGAGUUUCCCGAGACUUGCAACAAUGAGUGACGAUCAGUCAAACGAGCAAAGUCCCACUACGGAGUUGUCAUCAAGUGAUAUAGAAAAGUUAGAAGAAGCAAAGCUGAAAGCAAAGUUUCCAAAUGCAACCGGUCGGCCAUUCGGUGGUCAUUCUGCAUUCCUGCAGAAAAGAUUAGCUAAAGGGCAAAAGUAUUUUGAUUCUGGUGAUUACCAAAUGGCAAAGCAAAAGUCAACAGCCAAGCCAAAACCAGCUGGUGUUCUGCCAACAGGAGAUGCUAUACCAACACCAGAGACAGUACCGCAACGAAAAACGUCCAUUAUCCAACAAAAAUUUAAUACAUCAACGUCCUCAUAAGAUGUGUUUCACUUUUUUUUUAAUUACACUUACGCUAAAUUUAGUCUUAUGUUUAGAUGCCAGAAUACUAUGGUACAGUUAUACACACAAUUGGCGAUUUGAGUUUUACGUUUGAAAAUUCUUCUAAGGAUCUUCCCUAGGAAAGUUAGACCAGUACCAUAAAAUCCUUAUGUCUUUAGUAACCAACUAUUUUUUUAGCUGCUUAUUUUCAAAAGAGCAUCUGUAAUAUUAUUAAGAACAGUGUUCUGUACAUACGUGCCACAGUGGUAUAUAAGUUUUGUAAUAUACGUGAGUGGAUAAGUCAUUAUCUGAAAAUUGGUGAUUUUUACAUAUCAUUACAACACAUUCUUGUUUAUUGUCCAACACCAUUCGCAUAUUCUCUGAUUUCGGGUGCUAAUUCUACUUGAUUGAUUUUUGCUGAAAAAAGUUAAAAAGAAUCGCACGUCUAUUUAGAUUUUAUUGUCAACCAGCAACAGAUAUGCAUCUAAGAUGCGCACGUGUGUAAAAAUUUAUAUUGAAAAUAUGAGAAAGUAAACGAAUAAGUAAGUAGUAAUAAAUAUUUAACAAUAAGCUCUCUCUUGUCUCGGUGAUACGUAAUCGUCAUGAUAAUUUAAACGUAUUCCACUUGUGCACGAUAAGAUUGAGAGUAAGAAGAUAUACAGAGAUCUGCAUUUCCAAAGCUGCUGUGAUGCGCUUAGUAAGACUAUUUUCUUAUUAAAAACAGAAAAAAAAUCGUAUUUACUAUGGGAGUCUGUAGUACGAACAGAAUAAUUUUAAGUGUAACUACAGUUUUGCUUAUUGUAAGCUGAAUUUAGUAAUAUAUUGUAAC